AUGUCCGCUUCUCAAGGGCAGAGACAAGCUCGCCAGGAGUCUGUUGGGCAACCACAAGGCAUAGAGCCUUCGAGAAAGCCGCAGCGUCGAUUCCAAUUCAUCGACAACAGCGAUGUCUCCUCUACGGGGAAUAACUCCACUCAGGUUCGACGCCAUGUCAUGCAGGAGUACAUGAGGGAGAAACGAUGGGAGUCUCGUGCCAAACAAGGGGACUCUUCUGACAGUGAUCUCGCUACUACUCGGAGAAAGACUGAGAAGCCAAGACCUCAUGCACGAAAGCCAAAGCCUAAGAAUUUGCCCAUUAUUGAGUCGGCGAGGUCUCAGCCUACCCAUCCUACCCAUCCUACCUUUGUGUCUGCUCAUACACCCGCGACAGUGGGACCUGGUCAUCCAAAGCCCUCUUAUGCAUCACAAGCAUUGGCUCUCAGCGUCCCCUAUCCCUCUCAACCACCACGCCUACAGAAGUUGUCGCGGAGACCCUUUCGUAUCAGCUCAGACAGUUUUGCGAAACUAGCUACCUUGACUCCCGAUUCGCCUUUUUCUCCUCCCUCGACUGUGCGGUCAGGAGACUCAUCGUCCUCUUCUCUGACAUGGAACCACACGAGAGCAUUGAAGUUAUCACAGAGCCCAGAACCACAAACGAUACUGAGCGCAGCUCGAACUGACCCGUUCGACUCACUACCAAUGCAUCUGAGCGUACAAGACCAGGAACUGUUUGAUUUCUACGCGAAUGUUAUGCCAGCCUGUUCGUACGGAUUUGAGCGCAGGAGCCCCCGUGCCCACAACUGGUACCUUUCCGUUUUUAUACCAGAGGCAAUGAAGGGCGCCGUAUGUUUUCAAAAUACAAUCCUGGUUCACGCGGCAAAUACUCAAGCAUGGGUCAAGGGACUGGCGGAGACGCCCUUAGCAAUUGAACACAGGGCAAAGGCAUCACAAUUGCUACUCCACCACUACCAACAAUAUCCGCAUGACACAUCCGACGCCACAAUAUCAGCCACCUUGUCUGCGGCUGCAUUAGAAGAUUUUGAUCCCCGCAUAGAACGUCGCAAGUAUGCAUGGAUGCAUUGGCAAGCAGUCGUCCAGAAGAUUCGUGACCGAGGAGGUCCGGCAGCGUUGGUCCAGCAUAAUCGGUUGCAGAUGUUGAUCAACUGGUCCGACUACAUCUUCUCAGGAUAUAAUGCGCAAGGAGCUACAUUCUACUUCGAUCACCAGUCGUCGCCUAUCCACUCCAACCCUCAAGAGGCAGAAGCCAUCGCCAGGCGCGAAAUUGCACAACAAUGUUCAGAGUUCAUUACCUUUUUAAAAUGUGCCGAACAUCUCGCUCUCGUCCAAGCAGGUAUGCAGCAGAACCCGGUGGCUCGGGCUCAGCAGCCAAUGCGCUACUCCGUGUUCCGCCAUAGAGAGCCUCUCUACAAUCUUGUUGCAAGCCCAAACGGCCCAAGAUAUACCGAGACGGGCCAAUUUAAACAGAUCAUCUCCAGGCUGGGAGCGUUGAUCACGAUCAACACUGCAAUCUGGGAAUACCGUCACUCGACAGACCUGAGUGAAGAGUUCUUUGUGGAGCUACUUCAGAACAUCAUCCACAACGACCUCCACCAACACAUCUCCGUCGAAGCUUUGAUACAGAUAUUGCUAAGUGGUAGUCAGAAUCCAAAUUUGCUACACACGGAACGGCCGUGGUUCGUCGGCCGAUUUCUAAAAGUGGCGAAGCGACUUUCGCGUCCUACUUUCGAACGAUUAAACGAUGUGCUUCUCCAAUUUCUGACUCUGGGGCCCAGACUACAACCUGCCAUCGGAGCUUGGGAGGACGAGCUGCGUGCAGAAAUAUUGAAUGCGCCCCUAGUGAGCUAUCAAUCUCGAUUUAUGAUGGGAUGA